AUGGAUGAACCAACGGCAAAAGAUUGCUCUUUCGAAACCGUUACCGCUCAAGAACAUGAAGAACAAGCAAUCCGUAGCACCUUGAUCUCCGGUUUGCUUUCUCGUAAAAUCAAAGAACGCCUGCUAGAAAAUAAAAAACUUACUCUUGCCGAAGCACUUGAUCAAGCUAUUGCACUUGAAACAGCUGAAAAGGACGCGCUAAUAAUAAGUAACAAUUCACCACAAAUUAAUGCUAUAUACGAACAAAAACAAGAUACAGCAUCAAACAUAGCAGCCGCUACACAACACCGACCAUCACAAACAAUACUUGAACCAUCCUCACGAUCAGUAAGAUGUUGUUUCUUUUGUGGUGGUAACGUACAUCAAAGGUUUAAGUGCCCAGCUUUCCGUGCUAUAUGUAACCUGUGUUCUAAAAGAGGUCAUUUUUCAAAUGUAUGUAAAUCACGAAACGCUACCAACAACUCGGCUUCGUUCAAAAACACAGUCAACAGUCUUAUCGAUGACGGUUCAUCUCAUUGUAGUACAAUAUCUGCCGCUUCACCGUCAAGCUUGAAAGGUGCAACUAUUCUAAUCACGGUGAAUGGUUAUAAAGCUGCCUCGCUGAAUCAAGUAUCGGUUGUCGAAGGUAUUUGCUUUGCCAAUAUCACCAUGAAUAAACACAACUACAGGCAAAUACCACUUCUUAUCGUCGAUAAUCUCUGCGCGGACGUGAUCGUUGGACACGACCUACUAAAAGAACAUUCUAAAAUUGAAUUUGAAUUGGGAGGUCCCCAUGAACCAUUACGCAUCUGCAACGUAAUGCAGUCCUCGGUGCCACCAGCAUCUAUUUUUACUAAUUUGUCACCUAACAUCAGACCUAUCGCCGUAAGGAGUCGUCGAUACAGUAUACAAGACGAAGAAUUUAUCAAGCAAGAAAUAUCAAAAUUACUGGAAGACGGUGUAAUAGAACCAAGCAUUUCUCCCUGGAGAGCACAAGUCCUAGUAGCGGGAGGUGGCGCUCAUCGAAAACGUCUAGUAAUAGACUACUCUAUGACUAUUAACAAGUUUACAGAAUUGGAUGCAUUCCCAUUACCAAACAUGGAAACGGUCGUCUUAAAAGUAUCGAAAUACAAAAUCUUCAGUCAGAUCGACUUAAAAAGCGCAUAUCAUCAAAUGACCAUUUUAGAUAAAGAGAAAGUCUACACUGCUUUUGAAGCCUGCGGACAACUUUACCAGUUUACAAGAAUUCCAUUCGGUGUUACCAAUGGUGUAGCAGCGUUUCAAAGGACUCUAGACUUCAUCAUAACCAGAGAGAAACUAGAAGGUACAGUUGUAUACUUAGAUGACGUGACAGUAUGUGGUAAAGAUGAGUUAGAACAUGAACGUAAUCUAAAAAAGUUUAUGGAUGCGGCGAGAAAAUAUAACUUAACACUAAAUGAAAGAAAAUGUGUUUUUAAGAAAACAAAAAUCGAUCUACUUGGCUAUACUGUCGAAAAUAACACAAUCAAACCAGACGCUGAGAGAUUGAAACCCCUUUUAGAACUUCCAGCUCCCAUUAAAAACUCAGAACUCAAACGCGCUUUGGGAAUGUUCGCCCACUAUGCAAAAUGGGUUGAAAGAUUUUCGGAGAAGAUAAAACCUUUAACUUGUGUUUCAAGUUUUCCUUUAACACCUGAUGCUCUAAAAUGCUUCCAAGAGAUUAAAUCAGACAUAAAGAAAGCAAUAGAUGAUGAUGAAACUUUCACUGUUGAAACUGACGCCUCGGAUUUUGCUAUAGCCGCUACGCUUACGCAAAAGGGUCGUCCAGUCGCUUUCUUCUCUCGAACGCUUUCCAAUCCAGAAUGUCGACAUUCAUCAAUAGAGAAGGAAGCUUGUGCAAUUGUUGAAAGUCUUAAGAAAUGGAGACAUUUUCUGAUUGGGAAACACUUUCUUUUAAUUACGGAUCAAAAAUCAGUAACGUACAUGUUGAAUCAAAAUCACAAUAGCAAGAUUAAAAAUGAGAAGAUAAUGCGCUGGAGGCUAGAGCUAUCCUGCUACAAAUAUGACAUUAUAUAUAGACCAGGUUCGGAAAACACAACAGCAGACGCUCUGUCACGAGUUUGUGCGUACAUGAACACCGACAAAUUAAAACAGCUUCAUAAUGCGCUUUGCCAUCCUGGAGUAAGUAGAAUGUUCCAUUGGAUACGCUCUAAAAACCUACCGUAUACAGCAAAUGAUGUAAAAGAGAUGAUUGCAUUGUGUCCAACGUGCGCUGAAAUUAAUCCAAGAUUUUUGAAAGCAAAAGGUCAACUAAUUAAGGCUACGUCUCCAUUCGAACACCUUAAUAUUGAUUUUAAAGGUCCUCUCCCUUCUAAUUCUUCAAAUAAAUAUAUUUUAUCGAUUAUCGAUGAAUAUAGCAGAUUUCCCUUCGCUUACCCAUGCAAAGAUAUGACCUCAUCCACAGUCAUUAAAUGCCUGAAAGACCUGUUUCUCACUUUUGGCCAGCCUCUUUACAUACACAGCGACAGAGGAACCUCAUUCAUGUCUGAAGAAUUUAAAAAUUUCCUAAAAAACUCAAACAUUGCAUCCUCAAAAACGACGCCAUACAAUCCACAGGGUAAUGGUCAAGUGGAACGUUUGAACGGAACACUUUGGCGUACUAUUCAGCUCAGUCUACGUUCAAAGAGUUUGUCAAUUGGAAACUGGGAGGAAGUCCCUUCAUUGUAUCCGAUCACUUCUUUGUACAUCGAUUAA